GCAAGGUGCUGGUUAUUGUGACGGAAGGGGAGAGUCGGGAUGGGUGAUGAAAAGAAAACAGCGUCUAAGAAGGGAGCUAAAAAAGUCGUCAACAAGGCAGCGACCAAAAGCGGUAAGAAGCGGAAGCGAUCCAGGAAGGAGAGCUACUCCAUAUACGUUUACAAGGUGAUGAAGCAGGUCCACCCAGACACCGGCAUCUCCUCCAAGGCCAUGAGCAUCAUGAACUCGUUCGUCAACGACAUCUUCGAGCGCAUCGCCGGCGAGGCUUCCCGCCUGGCCCACUACAACAAGCGGCAGACCAUCAGCUCCCGGGAGAUCCAGACCGCCGUGCGCCUGCUGCUGCCCGGGGAGCUGGCCAAGCACGCCGUGUCGGAGGGCACCAAGGCGGUGACCAAGUAUACCAGCUCCAAAUAAAACCCUUCCAUGUACUAAACUGAAAUGAUAAUAAACAGAACAAAAAAAAAGCGGGCUCUUAUAAGAGCCGUUCAA